CGAGUUUGUCGAAGGCGGAAUUACGUUGAGAUGUUUAAUUUUUUUGUGUAUAUAUGUUUGACGAUUGUUUAAAAAAAGCUGUAAUAUUGUUCCUUUCGUUACACGUUUCUUUAUAGCUUUUUUUUUUUUGUUUUUCGAGUUAAAGAAAUGGCAUUAUCGUUAUUAAAAGUCAAGGAAGAGAUGAAACAACAAGGCGAAGAGACUGCUUUGAGAAUGUUCACUGACGAAAUGGGAGGUAAAAAAUCCGUCCAACAGCAGCAAGAAACGGAAAGUUUAUUGAAAGAAUUAGAAAGUGACGGUAGAUAUUUAAUGGUGGAUGUCGGUUCGAACUUAACGAAUAAGAAAUUUCAGAGAGAUUUGGAUGGCGUAGUAAAACGUGCCAAAGAUGCAGGCAUUAUGAAAAUAAUUGUUACUGGUACAUCAAUUCAUAGCAGUAAGGAAGCGCUUAGAUUAACUCGUUUGUUUCCAGGUUCAUUGUAUUGUACAGCAGGUGUUCAUCCACACGAUGCAAAAUCGUGGACUGCUGAAACGUAUGACACUCUUCGUGAAAUGGCUUCUAAUCCUGAAUGUGUAGCAGUAGGAGAAUGUGGACUUGAUUUUAAACGAAAUUAUUCGGAACCAAAUGUUCAAAUUGAAGUUUUCAAACAACAGGUGGAAUUAGCAUGUGAACUCAAGAAACCAUUAUUUAUUCAUGAACGAGAUGCUCAUACUACAUUAAUAGAAAUAUUAGAACAAUUUUUGGAUAAAUUACCCUUUACUGUGAUUCAUUGUUUCACAGGAUCAAGACAAGAAUUACAGAAAUAUAUUUCCAUGGGAUUUUAUGUGGGUUUAACAGGUUAUCUUUGGAAAGAUAAAUCAGAAGAUGGUAUUCGUAAAAGCUUAGAAGAUGGUCUAAUCCCUUUAGAUCGUCUCUUAUUAGAAAGUGAUUCACCUUUUAUGUAUCCUAAUACACGUGCUUCCAAACUUCCUAGCCAUGUUAAAAGUGCCUUAACAGAACGCUCUGUGAGUUUUUUGCAUCGCUACUGCACAUUUCAGAGAAAUGAACCUUGCUCUCUUCUGGUGACAGUUGAAAUGAUAGCUGCAUAUCUUAAGAUCAAGCCUGCUGAUGUUGCCUUGAAAACAACUUAUAGUGCCUUAAAAGUAUUUGGACUAAGUUGAAAUAUUAUUAUAAUGUCUUAGACAUUUCAAUAAGAAAAUUAAUAUUGCCAAUUGUAAAAAUUAUAGUGCUAUAUUUUAUUGAUAAAUUUUAUAUAUUUAGACUAAUAUAAACAAUUAUUUUGUGCUUUGCUAUAUCUUAUCCUUUUUCAUACAAUAUUAGUCUUAUUUUUUCAUCAUAAAUAUUUAUAAUAAAUUAAAAUUUUUAUAAUGGAGAUAAAAUAUUUUGGCAGCUAUAUAAAAACUUUAUUUUUAAUAUAUAAUUUUUUAUUGUUCAUAAAAGUAUCAAUUUUUUUAUUAUUAGCUUUAACUAUUAUACAUUAUUGUUAACUAUUGCACAUAACUUCUGUAAUUAACAAUUCAAAUACAAUAAAGUCACAAAAUAAAUUUGCAUCAAAUUAUAAUGUGUGCUAAGAAUAUAUUGGCCAAUUAAAUUUAUUUUUUUUAAACCGUCCAAUUUAAUAGUAUUCCAUAUAAUCUAAAAAAAAAAAAAUAUUGAAUAACUAUUUAAUUAUGUAAUAGGAAAUUUAUUUCUAUUUACUAUGCAUUUUUCUUCUUAUAUAUCAUGAAAUAUUCCAAAUAGAUUAACUUUCUUCUCAGAACAAAUGGAUUGUUUUAUACUUUGAAAUGAUAAUUUAGUCCACAAAUACCGAUAAUUUCAUAAAUAUUAAAGGUAGUCAUGACUAGCAUUAAGGGCCUUACUUGUAAAUUUUAUAAUUAUUAUUAAUGAUGAAUAAAACAAAAAAUGAGAUUAUAUGUGGUAUUUGCAAUUUUUUAAUUCAAAUCACUUUGCCCCUAUUGUUAAAUAAAUUUUCUUCAGUGGUUUA